GGGAGGGCCUGAGGCCUCCUUCCUUCCUUCCCCGCAAAAGCCUCGGGGGAGUGUCUGCUCCGUUGUGACUCCGUCACAAGAGCCAAAAAUAGUCUGGUGGUGAGGCUAAGAACCGGAAAGGAGGAGGAGGAGGAGGCGGCGGCGGCGGGGCUGCGCUUUCCCGUCAGAGGGUUUGUUUGGGAGGCCCGCCCAGAAUUAAGAAACAGAAGCAGAAAGAGCAGCCAUGAGGCGCCCGGCCUGGUCCUCCUUCUCCCUCUUCCCGCUUCUGGCGCUCCUUGCCCAGGUUCACGGUGACUGCACCACUCCACCAAAACAGCCUCAUGCUACAUUGCGGAAUGGAGAACUGAAAGACAGCUACUCUGUUGGGACUGUUCUACGGUACACUUGCAUUCCCGGUUAUAAAUUUAUAGACAGAUCAAAUCCUUCUAUUAGGUGUCUGAACAAUUCAGAGUGGUCAACAACACCUACAUUUUGUGAAAGAAAGCAGUGUAAGGCUCCAGCUGUAGAGAAUGGCAGAAUAGAAUCCACAGGUGACCUCCGGCUUGGUGAAGAAAUAACCUAUGUUUGUGACCCAGGGUACAGAGCAAUAGGCAGGACAACUGCUCGUUGUACUUUGUUCGAGGGUAACAAGGUUCUGUGGGAUAUCGACCCUCCAUUGUGUGCAAGAAUCCCUUGUGAGCGCCCACCCACUAUUUUAAAUGGAACACACAGUGGGGAUACAUCUCUUGAUCACUAUACUGUUGGCGAUGUGGUAACGUACAGUUGUGGCAGAGAUCUUUCCCUCGUUGGACAUUCAAGCAUUGUCUGUAUAAUUGCAGAAGAUGGUGUAAAUGGAAUAUGGGAUAGACCUGCACCUGAAUGUAAAGCUAUCCAGUGUAGCAGACCACAAAUUCAAAAUGGAAGGCUAACAAGUGCAUUUCAGCCUAUAUAUAACUAUGAACAUGUUCUGCAGUUUGUUUGUGAUUCUGGCUACUCUCUGGUGGGACCUGAGUUUGUAAAAUGUGGGGCUGACAGCAUGUGGCACCCUGAACUUCCAACAUGCGUCAAGGUGGUCGAGUGUAGCAGACCACAAAUUCAAAAUGGAAAGCUGACAACUGGAAUUCAGCCUUCUUACCCUUAUGAGCAUGUUCUGCAGUUUGUUUGUGAUUCUGGCUACACUAUGGUGGGAAAUGAGUCUGUAAAAUGUGGGGCUGACAGCAUGUGGCACCCUGAACUUCCAACAUGUGUCAAGGAAACGCCAACCACAGAAGAAACCAUUACCAAGGAACCUGGAGCCACACAGACUCCAGGUGAAACAGUCCUACAGAUGACUCAGGUAAGAUGA